CGCUCUGUAAGUCUUUUGUUCCUUCAGACCAGCACAAACAUUUCUAGUCAUGGCUGAGAGGAGACGGCACCAGUGGCCCCUCUUCAGACUGUGAGAGAAGGAGACAUGGAAGGAAUGCUGGGAUUGUCACAGUGAUAUCGCCUCUUGAAGUCAAAUUGUGUCGUCCUCUUCAGAGCCGUGUGACGCAGAGUUUAUUAUGGAGGACGUGAAGCCCGAGGGCUGGCGGCAGCUACUUCAGCCCCAUGGUGCAGCUGGAAAAAACAGCACGAGUUUCCUUCGCAGGUCCUCAUCAUGGAGGAGGCCUGGGGAGCGAGGUUAUUAUGAGGGCCCCGCGGCGCAGGCCAAUGAGCCCCCUCGCAGAGCUCGUCCACUGAGCUGCAUAGAGGGUGUCAGGAUGGACAAAUGGUUUCAGACACUAGAGAGACAUCAAUCACGUCGGCUUCAGAAUCAAAUACCUCAGUUUGUGGACAGGACGGUAUCAAUCCCAGUUCUCCCGAAAGAUACAGCGGGAGGUAACCCACUGUGUCCUGAUGUUUCCCCUCUGCGCAGGAGGAAUCAGACCCCUAGCGUCUGUCCCAGAGUGUGUGAAAGCUCCUCGAGCAGCCUGGAGUCUGUUCACAUUAAAGCUGCUCGCGCUGCAGAAAGAGCUCAGUUCUGUGCUCUCGCUCCGGUUCGCUUCGGCUGGCUGCCCACACAGAGACAUGUGAUACUCACAGACAUCUCUGACAACCGCCUUGACAACAGCAGGUGCCAGAAACUGAAGUCUCCCAUCACUCCAGUGUUGCUCAGCUCUCCUGCCAAACUUAAUGGACCAAGACCAAAUGACAGGGAAACUUCAAGGCCUGAACCCGUUGGCUUUAGAUCCUGGAGCACACCUGAAAAAACACCAUCCGUCUUUCAUCAGGCUUCGGGAUCCGUGAGCUCUGAGGGAGGACGAAAUGGACCGCAAGCCUGGAAUCCGAAAGCCGAGAUGGACACAUGCCACGCUGGACCUCAUCCCGUGUUGAGAGAUCCCACACGCAGGCGUGGAAGCGCGCCGGAGUCCUUCAGCUCCUCGAUAUCGUCCAUCACUAUCACUUCCAGGAAGGUCACGCACACAAACUCCAAGCCUCCGAGUCCAGCGAUGAACAGCCUCGCCGAUGGACACAGAAAAGCUUUAGCGGUCAAAGUCACUGAACAGAGGAUGAAAAGCACUUCUAGCCAGACCAUCGCCUCGACCUCUGGCUCUGAUCGUGAAGAGAAGGACCACGGCGUAGUAUUGAGAAGAAAGGCAACCAUUGUGAAACUGACUGAACAGAGAGAGCGUUUCAGUCCAGCGAAAUACAGACACAGCUACACUGAAGGACUCCAUAAUGAAUCCAAAGUCAAUCCCUCACCAUCAAACCAACCGUUAACUAUAUCUCUAGAGCCAGGAGGAAACCAAUGGAGGUGCCAGCACAGAUCUAGCCUGUCUCUCUUCCUCAACAACCCAAACGAUAUCAGCACGGCAGGGGAGAGCGACACCAAAGCGUCCAAGCCUCCUCGACGGCCUCUCAGCUGCGACGCAAGUCUGUUUAACUGCACACAACUUGGCAGUAAUGCAGUUACACAUCCAGUGUUUCAUAACCAGAGCUCUCCUGUUCCCCAGAAGACAAAUAUUGACCUUGUUAGAUCCAGCAUCGGCGAAGCAAGAAGGCGCUGGGCCUCCGGUGGCGAGGUGGGCAUUGUGAAGAAAGAGUGGGGUCGUGAGGAACCUGUUUCAGGAAUCAAUCCUCUCACACUACUAAAAGCAGCAGAUACCUCGGCUGAUCUGAGCGCAGACGCCGUCCUGGCCCUGAACGCUGCUGCGGUUAUCGCCAACAUAAAGCUGCAGGCCCAGCAGAGACGAACUACAUCCCACACAGCAACAACAGUGUGUUUAUCAGAAGAUAUACGGCAAAGUGAACACAGAGAGCUCAAAGAAGAGAGUGCUGGUGCUGAUGGAAAGAAAAAAACAUGUCCAGCAGAUCAAUGUGUGGAUUUUGUCCCAUUCGAGUCCCAAAAUGACCUUUCUGAAACUGCUUUGGCUCCACUGUCACUUAGUGAGGCUUUAGCGAGCAGACGGCCUGAUUUCAUCCAGCGCUCACAGGCCAGGGUUCGAGCCCUGGAGAGAAGGUCACAGGAGAGGCAGAACUCCCUCAGCUCACCACAGACACUCCAGAGCGGAGAAAGCCUUGUAAAAUCCAAAGACAGAAGCAUCAUGGGAAAGAGUCUACAGCUGUGGUCCAGGAGGAGUUAUAACCAGCUGCCUCAUGUGAAGAAGAGGAGAGAGGAAGAAAAGAGGAAAAUAGAAGAGGAGAAAAGAAAACUGGCAUCUCGGACCAACAGGCUGCGGGCAGAGCUCUUUAAAAAGAAACUUCUGGAGCAGAUUUUGCAGAGGAGAGGAAAUCACUGACACCGUCUUGGACUCGUGUUUCUUCUCACUCCACAGUUCUCAUGCCGGCCCUUGAAAGAUAUGACACGACAUUAGUUAUAAAUGUUCUGGAAUAGUUCUUUCCAGAACGAAUGUGCCUCAAACAUGCAGCCUCAUGUGGCUCUGGAUUACAUCUUCUCUCUCUAUACAUACAUUACUGGUUAAAAAUGUGGAAUAAUUAUGGUUUUAAUGUUACAGCGUAGGCUUAUAUUCAGUUAGACUGCAUUCCUUUGCUCAAAAAUACAGUAACAACUGUAACAAAUUUGAAACAUUAUCACAAUUUUCUGUAAUUUAUUCCUGUGAUACAAAGCUGAGUUUACUUCUCAGUCUUCAGUGUCACAUGAUCCUUCAGAAAUCAUUCUAAUGCGCUGAUUUGCUGCUCAAGAAACAUUGAAAUCCGUGUUUGCUGCUUCAUAUUUUACAGAAACGUUGCAUUUUUCAGUCGUACAGAUUCCCGACAGCAUCACAUGGCAAACACAAGACAUCAGAAGAGUCUUUAGGCUUCUCAGAGACGCUACAGUUGCCAUAUAGACAGAUUGUUUGCUCUUUCUGUGCCUCUAUCUCUGUCAUAUUAUAUUAUGCAAGAGACACAACAUAAAAGAGCACAUUACAGCUCCAGUCCUCAUCGCUAAAAGCCUAAAAUCCAACAUUUGGAGACAUUCUUAUAAGAUGAAGGGCCUAGUCCCGCUCUCAUGCAGUCGUAGGGUCUGCGGGCUCAUUAUGACAUCAGUCGCCUUCCUCUGUCCGUGUCUCUCCGAGCCAUUAGCCAGGAGCAAAAGGAAUUUGACCUCGUCUGAAUAGGAAUGCAUCACUAAUGGAGCCGAGUGCUUGCGCGGGUGAAAGAGGCUUUUGUCCUCUCUCCGAAUGAGCCGAGACUGUCCCAUAUGUGCCUGAUUAGACGGGACGCGACUGUGUAAUAGCCUUGCAGUAAAACUUGAUUCGAUAGACUUCAUAUCAUGUCCUGUUAUUGUGUUUGGUGUUUUAACUAUCACAUUUUAAAAUCAAAAGAUUGGGAAAGUGAAGUGGAGUAAUGUAGCUUUGUUUGUGUAAGAUGAUGCAUUUCAGGCCAGACUUUACACAAGUACAGACGUGUAAGUGCAAAUGCUCGGCCUUUGGACAAACUAUCCCUGUAAGUCCCUUGUAAUUUCACUCAGGUGUCAUCUUUUAUACACUAUUUCUGGCAUGCAAGUAACAGCUUUUAUUUCUUUGGAUGGGGAAAUAUCAAAUUCGUCAAAGCAAUGCAGCAAACUUACUAUUACAUUUCAUAUUCGAAAUCGCCAAUGAAAUCUGACAACUGUCUAAAUUUUGCUUAAAUAACAUUAAAAAGCGUUUUUUUCAGGUUAGACCAGCCAAUGAGCAUUUGCAGUUAAACACACAUUCCCCAAUCAAAGCUUCUAACUGCAGCUGCAGUGACACGAUGACUUUACUGAUUAGUGAUUGGCUCUUUUAUUCAGAAGGCGGGACUAUUCCACCAUACAAUGCAUUGCUUUUUUUUCAUAAGUCAUGUAAAUGUGUACAGUCUUUGUAUGUCUUUAAAGCCUUCACUGAAGUCUUUGGUACAAUAAAAUUGUCUGUUUACAGGUUA